AGAGAUAAGGAUGGCAAAUCAGCAAAUAUAGAGAUGUUCAAUAGCAGUAGUCAUUUGGAAAUGCACAUGAAACCCACAAUGAGAUUCCACUAGGCACCUGUUAGAACCUGGGCUGCGCUUGUGAUGUCAGCGCUGCUCCGCCUCCAGGAAGGAACCUGGGCUGUGCCUGGCUGGCGGUCUCCUAGCGACUAGAGCAGCAGGGAUCAGGAACCGCAGAAGCUGGAGAUGCGGCACCCCAGCGAGGGCCACCAUGGGGGACCAGAGGCCGCAGGACCGGCUGAGGUCCCCGGGCAUGGACUCCAAGUCCCGGUACUGUAACCAACCGCCUUCCAAAGACUUUCAGAUGCGCAAGCACGGGCGCCUGAAGUUCCCAUCCAUGGACACCCAGAACUGGGUAUUUGUGAAGGAGGGCAUGGACGACUUCCGCUACGGCUGUCUGUCUCCCGAAGACACUCUCGUUUGUCGCCGUGAUGAGUUUUUGAUGCCAAAAAAACUUCUCAGAGGGUCCAAAGCUGACCCCAAAAGCAGGCAGAAAAAGCUCCUCAAGAAAGCGGCCCUAUUUUCCAAGCUCUCUCCAGCGCAGCUAGCACGGAAGGCAUACGUAGAGCAAGUGGAAGCCGAGAUCAUGGCCAAGCAUCCCUUGGCCAUGUACCCCAAUUUGGGAGAAGAUCUGCCUCCAGAUCUCCUACUGCAGGUUCUCAAACAGCUGGAUCUGGAGAGGAAGCUGGAGGACGCUUGGGCUCGUUGCGAGGCCCGGGAGAAGACAACGGAGGUACCCACCGAUCCUGGUCAAUAUCCCCGUGGGGAAUUCUGCCUGCAGCCUCCCGAGACUGGAGGGUCCCAUCUGAGCCUGGAGCUUCCCACAACUCCGGUGUCCAGUCUCCACCCGCAGCCUCCCAAGACUUGUCCGGGGUCAAGUCUCCACCCGGAGCCUCCCAAGACUCGUCCGGGGUCCAGUCUCUGCCUGGAGCCUCCCAAGACUCCUCCGGGGUCCAGUCUCCGCCUGGAGCCUCCCAAGACUCGUCCAGUGUCCAGUCUCUGCCCGGAGCCUCCCAAGACUCGUCCAGGGUCAAGUCUCCGCCUGGAGCCUCUCAAGACUCGUCUAGGGUCCAGUCUCCGCCUGGAGCCUCCCAAGACUCGUCCAGGGUCCAGUCUCUGCCCGGAGCCUACCGAGACUGGAGUGACCCAUCUGCGCCCUGAGCCUCCCAAGACUCGUCCGGGGUUCAGUCUCCGCCUAGCGCCUCCCAAGACUCUGGUGUCCAGUCUCUGCCCGGAGCCUCCCAAGACUCAUCUGGGGUCAAGUCUCCGCCUGGAGCCUCCCAAGACUCUGGUGUCCAGUCUCCGCCCGGAGCCCCCCAAGACUCAUCGGGCGUCCAGUCUCUACUCAGAGCCUUCUGAGACUGGCGUGUCCCAUCUCAGCCUGGAGCCUCCCAAGACUCCUCCAGGGUCCAGUCUCCACUGGGAGCCUCCCAAGACUCAUCGAGUGUCCAGUCUCCACCAGGAGCCUCCCAAAUCUCCAGAGUCCCAUCAGUUCUCGGAGCCUCCCAAGAAAGAACUGCUUGGGGAAGAUACACCAAGCACAAAAGGGUGCGUUUCUGACUAUCUUCAACCUAGAUACAAAUCAGAAAAACUGCGUGAGUUUUUCAAAUGGGCUGCAGACUUCGGAGUUGAUGAAGAAACCAUUUGGAAUCUGUGUCUAUUUCCCACCAUGUACAGAGCAACCCAUGACGACCAAAAGUUGAAGAACAUAAAGGAGUGUUCCUCAGAGCUGAAGUACACCAUGCAGCUGGGUGAAAAAGACAAGGACAAAUUCUUAUCCCAAGAUAAACACCGGGGCAGGAAAUUCCACAGGCCAUCGAAUGUUUAUAUCACUCAGCCUGUGAAGAUGACGUAUGGAGCAUGGUACCUCAAUCCUAAAUUGUGGAAGAAGCGAAGAAGUGAUGAACCUUUGACUGACCCCAAGCUCUUAAUUAAAAAGCCUGAUGAACCUGACAUUCUUGACGGUCUUUAUGGACCAAUUGCCUUCAAAGAUUUCAUUCUAAGAAAGGGCUAUGAAAUGCCUGAAAUCCUCCAAAGGCUGUUUGCCAGGAAGGGAUGGACUUAUGACUCUGUUAAGACUCCAUUCAGUCCAUAAAUCCAUAAAUGUUGAAGCAUUGUGGAUUCCAUUUUUGGAUUUUUUAUAGAGAACAGGUUUAGAGAGCUAAAGAGAAAAUUAAUGGCCUAGAAGAUAAGCCAUAAGAAAAUAUCCAUAUCCAGCUAUUGAGAGAAAAACAGAAUAGAUAACAGAGAAAUAAGUGUAGGAGACAUCUGGGACGUGGUGAAAAGUAUAAAAAUGUAUAAUUGGAGUUACAGAAGAAUAGAAGAGAAAGAUGGCACAACAACAAUAUUUGAAAAACUAAUGACUAAGAAACUCUUGAAGCUGGAAAAUACCAGUGACAGAUUCAGGAAAUGCUACAAACCACAAGAAUUAUAAACAUAAGGAAAACCACACCUAAACACAUCAUUAUUAAAAUUUCUGAAAACCAAACGUGAAAAUAAAUAUACACUUUUGUUUAAAUUUUGUAUUCCUAAUUUAUGUGGGUACAUAGCACGUGUAUAUAUUUUAAUACUGAUAUGUUAAUAUCAACAGAGAAAUAAUUUCACUGCCCUAAUAAUUCCUUGUGCUCCGUCUACUCCUCCCUCCCUUAGAACCCUUAAAUCUCUGAAAGUUACUGACCUUUUCACUGUCUCCAUAGUUCAGCCUUUUACAGAAUGUCAAAUAGUUGGAAUCACAUAGUACACAGCCUUUUCAGAUUGCCUUUUUCCACCUAGUGAAAUUAGUUCAUCUAUAUCUUUCUGUUUUUAUCACUGAAUAAUAUCCCACUGAAUGGAUGUGCCAUACAUUGUUCAUCCAUUCACCUAUUCAAGGAUGUCAUGGUCACUUCCAAGUUGUGGAAAUUAUGAGUAAAGCUGCUAUAAACAUUAGUUUUGUAAGAAAGUUUCAAGCUGUUUUCCAAAGUGGUGUACCAUUUUGCAUUUUCACCAGCAAAGAAUGAGAGUUCUUGUUACUCAACUUCCUUGCCAGCAUUAGGUGCUAUCAGUGUUUUGGAAUUUUCCGUUUUAAUUGUUAUAUAGUUGUUUCUUACUGUUUCUAUCAAUCAAAGUUCUUGAGAGUGACAGAGCCAAUAGGAUAUAUGUAUAUGUAAAAGGGAUUUAUCAGGGAGAAUUGGCUCACAUGAUUACAAAGGUGAAUUCCCACGAUAGGACUUCUGCCAGCUGGGGACUGAGAAAAGCUGAUAGUGAAGCUGACAGUGCUGCCCUCAGUCCGAGGCCAAAGGCCCAAGAGAACCCAGGAGCCUGUUCGUGCAAGUCCCGGAGUUCA